AUGGCCCAGACGACAUCACACUCUCGCUCGUCAGCGCUCAACGUGACGCUACUCGCCGUCGUCAUCGUCGCUGCGCUGCUCUCACUUUCCCACUGCGCCACACCCGCCGGCAAGCGCCGCGUGCUGCAGGACGGGGGCGGCGAUCGAGCUACCUCAGUGCUCAACCGCGGGGCUAGCCCAAACGCCAAGUUCAACAUUGAUGUUAACAUCUGUCACAAACCCUUGCAUCUCUCCCCCGCAUCUCUUCCCUGCGUCUCACCCCCUGCGUCUCACCCCCUGGUCUCACCCCCUGCGUCUCACCCCCUGCGUCUCACCCCCUGCGUCUCACCCCCUGCGUCUCACCCCCUGCGUCUCACCCCCUGCGUCUCACCCCCUGCGUCUCACCCCCUGCGUCUCACCCCCUGCGUCUUACCCCUGUGCGCCACCCCUGUGACUCACCCUCCCAUUCGCAGCACGGCAUCAGAGCAAAAACCACUCUUCGGCUUCUACGUCACAACAGUACCAAACAAGCCAGCGCCGGUCUUCUCCAAACCGGGCUACGACACCACCGCGGGCAAACUCGUGCUGGACUUUGAUUGCAUUCCCAAGGCCACCAGUGCAGCAGGUACCUACUUCUGCGCUGUGGGGGCAGUCGUGAAAAUCCCCGUGCCAUACAAGCCAGUGGCCAAGGCCAAGACGCUCAUCGAUGCAGGGCUGUUCGACAACCCCAAGGGAUUCUACGCGGCGAUCAAAGUGAACGGCGCGGAACUGCGCGGAGAAAUCACCCCCACUGUUGCUAACCUGUGA